GCGGCUCCCAGCGCGCACGGCUGCCUCUCGCCCCCUCUCCUCUCCUCUCUCUCUCUCCCUCUCUCUCUCUCUCUCUCGCCGCUUGCGCAAUGUCUCCCUGAAGAAAAGCGUAAAGUGUUAAAUGUUUGAAACACAAAACCGCCGAGUUUCACAUGCUGCAAAAGGACUCCGCUGCUCGUGUGCGCGGCACCGCUGUGUCCGUGCGUUAGACUCCGCACAGAACCACUCCUGCACCGGGGCACCGAGAAAAGCUCGUUCCUCACUCUCCAGACAAACGCGUCAAAAAUCAAAGUGGCUCACGUUGUUCCCAGCCAGCCCAGUUUGACAGCUGCUCUUCACCCCGCUUGGAGGACUGUCAGCAGCAGCAGCAGCAAGAGGAUGGCAUCAGAGCUGGCAAUGAGCAACUCCGACCUGCCCACCAGUCCCCUGGCCAUGGAAUAUGUUAAUGACUUCGAUCUGAUGAAGUUUGAAGUGAAAAAGGAGCCGGUGGAGCCCGAUCGCAACAUCAGCCAGUGCAGUCGCCUUAUCGCCGGGGGAUCCUUGUCUUCCACCCCGAUGAGCACGCCCUGCAGCUCGGUGCCCCCUUCCCCAAGCUUCUCGGCGCCCAGUCCGGGCUCGGGGAGCGAGCAGAAGUCACAUAUAGAGGAUUUCUACUGGAUGUCCGGGUACCAACAGCAGCUGAAUCCAGAGGCGCUGGGCUUCAGCCCCGAGGACGCGGUCGAGGCGCUGAUCAACAACAGUCACCAGCUCCAGUCGUUCGAUGGCUACUCCAGGAGCCAGCAGUUCUCUGGCGCCGCCGGGGCAGGAGGCGCCAUGGCCGGGGAGGAGAUGGGCUCCGCCGCGGCGGUGGUGUCGGCGGUCAUCGCUGCGGCGGCGGCUCAGAACGGAGGGGCACACCACCACCAUCACCACCACCACCACCACCAGGGGCCCGGCGGCCAGAGCAACGGCAUCUCGGGCAGCAACCACGCACACUUGCGCCCGGAGGACCGGUUCUCGGACGAGCAGCUGGUGACCAUGUCGGUGCGGGAGCUGAACCGGCACCUGCGGGGGGUCAGCAAGGAAGAGGUGAUCCGGUUGAAACAGAAGAGGAGGACCCUAAAGAACAGAGGCUACGCGCAGUCCUGCCGGUACAAGCGGGUCCAGCAGCGGCACGUCCUGGAGGGGGAGAAGACGCAGCUCAUCCAGCAGGUCGAGCACCUCAAGCAGGAGAUCUCCAGGCUGGUCCGGGAGAGGGACGCGUACAAAGAAAAGUAUGAGAAGCUCAUCAGCACCGGCUUCAGAGAAAAUGGAUCCAGCAGCGACCACAACCCUUCAUCCCCGGAGUUUUUCAUGUGAGUCUCGACAUUAUCGUGAAACAAAAAAAGAGAAUAUCAGUUGAGUUACUCACCCCCGCUUAAAAAAAAGUUUUCAUUAUGAAACUUUUUCUUCCCCCCCCAUUUGACCCAAAGCCAAUAGACCAAGAACUAACGUGUCAACUUUUUCUUAAUUUUUUUUUAUUUUAUACAUCUUUUUGAAAAACAAGACUUUGGAAGGCUCUGUUAAUUUGGAAGAGGCAUAUUCAGAAAACCUUCAUCAACUUUUUUUGUUCUUUUUUUUUGCUGUCAUACAUAGUAUUUUAGCUCGUAGUCUGUCUUUGUCAAGACUUUUUUCAUCGUUGUUCAUUAGAUUUGCGGUGUUUAUGAUUUCCUCAAAGUUGAUCCAUGAACUUUACGCAGCGGUAUACGAAGUGUGCAUGCAGGCGCUCGGCUCACCGACUUGUUUUUCUCCAUCAUUUCACUUCGAACUCAGUGUACAGACCCCUCCAUCCAUCGACACAAUGCUUUUUAACUUGUUGUUUUUGGGGGGUUGGGGUCUUUUUUUACCUUUUCUUUUUUUUCUGUCUGCCAAACUUGGAGGAUUUGCGAGCCUGCAGCCGUUUUGACGCCACCUCAUCUCAUGCUUGUUCUUGUGUUGAGCAACAAAAGACUGUACUCAUGACAAACUGUUCGUUGUUGUUGUUGUUGUUUUUUUUAAGACAUGUUGUUAUUGAACUGCCCUGCAUGCUGGACAUGUACGGGUUUUCUUUUUUUUGCUCGUUUUUUCCAGUGCUUGAAGAUGUCCUUUUUUUUUUGUCGGGUGACUCCAGCAUGGCAUUCAUUCAUUUAUG